AGGAAAGAAAAGACACCUAGAUCAAUGUUAAGAGUCACUUUUUAACACUAUGAUAUGGAAAUGAAAGUGAUCAUCAAGGACAAUGAUGAUACAAAGUGCCCAAAUGCUUAAUGGGUGGAAUUGACAUAUGCUUAGAUGUGGAAACUUGAACAGCUAAAAAGUUUGUCUCCUAGUCUUAAUCAACGGCUGAUAAAUAAAAGUAGUAGUAGGUUGGAAUCAAUAAAUAAAUCUUAUACAGUUGUAAUAAAGAAAUCAACACAUCUUUGCGUAAAGAAUUGGCCAGUAGCACUCCACCCUGCCCUUCCUAUAUUCUUUCCUAUGGAGAUAUCACUUGUUUGAUGUCUCAAUUUUGCCUUAAAUUUCAAGAAAACAAUGAUUCCCUUUCUUUGGUUAAUACUUCUAACACACAUUAGAUGGGUGAAUCCAGCAGAUCUAGCAAAUGUUCAAACUUCACAGGUCCAAACCAUAUUCAUAUUAGCCGGACAAAGCAACAUGUCUGGCCGAGGUGGUGUCAUUAACCAUGGGCAAAAUGGCAUAGUUAAUGAAACAUGGGAUGGUGUAAUCCCACCAGAGUGUCAAUCCAAUCCAAACAUCCUCAGACUCAGUGCAGGACUUACAUGGGUUGAAGCUCAAGAACCACUUCACCAAGACAUAGAUUUGGGUAAAGUUUGUGGGGUUGGACCAGGAAUGUCAUUUGCCAAUUCAGUUCUUAAAAGAGAUCCAAGUAUUGGAGUUAUUGGUUUGGUCCCUUGUGCUAUUGGAGGAACAAAUAUUAGUGAAUGGGCUCGUGGGGGUGUUUUGUAUAAUCAUAUGAUAAGGAGAACAGAGGCUGCUUUGCAAGGAGGUGGGAAACUUCAAGCUUUGCUGUGGUACCAAGGUGAGAGUGAUACUCAGACUCUUGAGGAUGCCAAAUUGUACAAAUUUAGAUUGAAGAGAUUAUUCAAGAAUGUGCUCCGUGAUCUACAGUCACCUACAUUGCCUGUGAUUCAGGUGGCAUUGGCAUCAUCUCUAGGACCUUAUAGGGAGCAGGUUAGAAAAGCUCAACUGGGUAUUAAUUUUCCAAAUGUAAGAACUGUUGAUGCCAAAGGGCUUCCAGUGGGGAUGGAUAAUGUGCACAUUACAACAAUAGCACAAGUCCAUCUUGGACAGAUGUUAGCUGAUGCCUUUCUUCAAACUCAAACCACCCAGGCUGUUCUUCUCCCUAUUCAGACAGUGACUAGCAAUGCCCCCAAAAGUUGCUCAAAUUUUGUUUUAGAUCUUCUACUUAGUCCAUUUAGAUAAUGCAGAUUGCAGAUAUCAGAGAUUUAUUCGCGGGAUCAAGAUCCAACCCGUCUAUGGUUGCAUCAAACCUACCAAAUCAACAAGUAGUUUAUUAUAUUGUUCACAGGGGUGCAAAUUUUUUAUAGGUAGAUGAUACUCAUCAAACCUCAGAGAAGGCCAAACACAUCCCAAGUGGGCGCGCAGAAGUGGAAUCUGCUUGGUUACACUCUAUUCACUCCGUUCAAUUAUGUUCUUUCAAAAGGCAAAGCCAAAGAUUUAUUUCAUGUUUCAUAAAGCUCAAGUCUUGAUGAUGUAUAUCUCACUCGCACACAUAGUAUAUAAGUUAAAUAACUAUUUAUUUCAUGAUUUAACUUGAUGGUUGAUGUUAUAUUGAAUGUAUGGCACUGAAAUUGUAAAAUGGCCUUAUGCUUCAGCUUCUCCCUGGAAUUAUGCUGGG